AUCCCCUUCCAGGUUUUCCAUCACAGUACUAGCCCUUAGCUUAGCUUCGUACAAUAAACUUCAUCUAUCGUCCUGCUGCAUAACCAAACUAAGUUUUAUUUUUCAUUUAUAUGUGUAUAUACUCCUUAGCUGCUUUCCAUAACUCUGCCCUAGCCUAGGCUGCCUAGCUAGCUACCUUCUUCAAAAUAUAAUAAUGAAGUUUUUUAGUUGGAUGCAACACAGAUUCAAUGGUGUGCAGGCAGCAGGAUCCAAAACCAAUCGGAUUCCACCUCCCACCGUUAAUAACAGAGAGCGGCAAGAGUUCAAUGAUUGGCCUGCAGAUAGCCUACUGGCAAUUGGAACUCUUGGAAACACUAACCCGAUGAAGAACACACAAAAACUACCGGAAAGAAAUGAAGUCAUUGAAGAAGAAUGUUCAUCACCGGAUCUAGCAGAAUUCACCACAGAAGAAUUUUGGAAGUUGCAAAAGGCUCUUGGUAAGCUCCUUUCAAAAAAAAGUGUGGCUGAGGAAGAUGUGGAUCUCCCCUUGGAUAGGUUCUUCAAUUGUCCUUCCAACUUGGAUUUUGAUCGAACGCUUUCGAACACGUCCACUGCGGAUUCUUCGUCUACGAAUUAUGAAUGUGAUGAAGAUGAGAUUGACAGAACCAUUAGAGCCAUCAUUAGAAGAUGCAGGGACGUAUGUGAGAACAAAAAGCAGAAGACGAUCGGGAAGAAGUCUGUUUCUUUUCUUUUCAAAAAAAUCUUUGCCUGCACAAGUGGUUUUGCUCCUGCUCCCAGUUUAAGAGAUACAUUCCAGGAAUCCAGAAUGGACAAGCUUUUGAGGACUAUGCUCUCCAAAAAAAUUAACCGGCAAAAUUCACCGCGAGUACCGUCGAAAAGAAGGUAUUUAGAGGAUAAACGAAAAUCAAGAGUGGAGGAGGAGGAUGAGGAGGAGAAAAUGCAAGAGGAAAUGCAGCAUACAGGAAAAUGGGAUAAGACUAAUUCGGAGUAUAUUGUUCUAGAGAUUUAGAUAUAGGUGUUUAUGGUUUGAUUAUUUUGCAUAACAAUUCUCAAUUCUGAAGACCAAAGGGAAGGAAAUAAGAAGGUGGAUGCUUCUAUCACUUCAAUUUAACCCUUCGUCUAGUGUUUAUAUAGAAUUUUUAUUUGUUCUUCGCAAAGGACAUUUCUCCUAUUUUUUCAUGGUUGCAUCUAUCUUUGAUGAAUGCAACUCAUGUUCCGAACGGAGAAAUAUUUGAAGAGGGACAAUUAAAUGAUUUGUAUUGUUUAAAAAUCUUAUCUGUUUGUCCUUAUUUUAAGAGUUGCUAAUAUUAAGAUUUCAAAAUAGUCAAUUGUUUGUACAACAUUGUUCCUGUAUAUACUACCUUCAAUUUGUACGAGUUAUCAU